GAACGGCCGGGCUGUGCCCUGGAAGCGGAACCGCGGCGGCGGGGACUUCCUGCCUCGGGAGGAAGGAGCGGUGGUUGAAGUUGCGCGUCGGGGUCUGCGCUGGCCCGAGGCACCGGCGGCGCCCGGGAGGAUGCGGCGGGCAGAGAUGAAGCCUGGGAAAUCAUCACAUCUAAAGGAUUUACUUGGAGUAAAAGAUCACUGACUUCUACCAUGGAAAAAUCAUGGAUGCUUUGGACCUUUGCUAAAAGAUGGCUACUAGCUUUGGCUUCCUGGUCUUGGAGUCUCUGCCGUAUUUGUCUUUUGCCCUUGAUAGUGACUUUCCACUUGUAUGGAGGCAUUAUACUCCUUAUAUUAAUAUUUGUGUCAAUAGCGGGUAUAUUAUAUAAAUUCCAGGAUGUUCUGCUUUACUUUCCUGAACAGCCCUCUUCAUCACGCCUUUAUGUUCCUAUGCCUACUGGUAUACCACAUGAAAACAUCUUCAUCAAAACCAAAGAUGGAGUUCUUCUCAAUCUUAUUCUGCUGAGAUACACAGGGGACAAUGCAGCCUAUUCUCCAACCAUCAUCUACUUUCACGGGAAUGCAGGCAACAUUGGCCACAGGUUGCCAAAUGCUUUGUUAAUGCUGGUAAACCUGAAAGUCAACUUAAUUCUGGUUGAUUACAGAGGGUAUGGCAAAAGUGAAGGAGAAGCAAGUGAAGAAGGCUUGUACUUAGAUUCUGAGGCCGUCUUAGACUAUGUGAUGACUCGGUCUGAUCUUGAUAAAACAAAAAUUUUUCUUUUUGGCCGUUCCUUGGGAGGAGCAGUAGCUAUUCACUUAGCUUCUGAAAAUUCCCACAGGAUUUCUGCCAUUGUGGUGGAGAACACCUUUCUUAGCAUCCCGUACAUGGCCAGCACUUUGUUCUCUUUCUUUCCGAUGAGAUAUCUUCCACUAUGGUGCUACAAAAACAAAUUUCUAUCCUACAGGAAAAUCUCUCAGUGCAGAAUGCCUUCUCUCUUUAUCUCUGGGUUGUCUGACCAGUUAAUUCCACCAGUUAUGAUGAAGCAACUUUAUGAAUUAUCCCCAGCUCGGACUAAGAGAUUGGCGAUAUUUCCUGAUGGAACUCACAAUGACACUUGGCAGUGCCAGGGUUAUUUCACUGCACUUGAACAGUUCAUCAAAGAAGUAAUAAAGAGUCAUUCCCCUGAAGAAAUGGCGAAAACAUCAUCUAACGUAACAAUAAUAUAAUUGAUAUUCUUCUUUGGGGUGGGGCAAGUACCUGCACUGUACCUUGAUUUGUGAUAAGUGGUAAAAGAAUGUCUGUUUUUAAAUGUAUGUCCUGUCUGUACUUGCCUAAAGAGUGAAAUUAAACUUGGAAAGGUCUGAUAUUUUAUUAAGGUGUUCCAGAUAACUUUUACAUUUGCAGCAUUGUAAAUGAACCAUUUUAUGUCUUUCUCAUACUUUUUUGGUAUCUCUGUCCAUAUAUUCCAUUUGUUUGAUAUGUACAACAGAUGCUAUUAAAGAAUCCUGCUACAAUAGUAGUACAGAAUGUAUUUAGAACAACGGGAGGCUCUUCGGUAUUCACUGCUGUAUGUGUGAGCUUUUUGGACAGCCAUGGUUAGCACAAUGAUUUGUUGCUUCUCUUAGAGUUUAUUUAAAGUGUGCCAUGCAUGAGAUUAGUGUUUUAUUUCUUGAAAUUUUAUAUUAUGCAAAGUGGGAAAUCUUUAAUGUGCUAAAUAAUAUAAAAUAACAUAAAUGGUAGAGUAUACUUGCAGGUAUACUGGGUUAUUACUGGUUUCUAUGGUUAUGCAAACUUGCAUAUGUCAAACUGCAGCUGAAGAUGAAAGGACACUUUCUGUAUUUUCAUUUACUAUUUGUAUUAUAAUAGUGCACAGAAGGUUGUAUGUGCCUAACAGUAUGACUAAAGGAUUUUACCCAGGCAAUUUCUCUAUAGAAAGUAGAAGUAAUUUUUUCUGAAAGAGAUCAGUGCAAUCUAAGCUGCUUUCUGCCUCAGGCUCUCCUCACUAGUGUACAGGCAAACUAUUUGUUAGUACUAGUCUGCUUGUGCAUUUGAGAUGGUAUUUCUUAAGGCAAAAUGAGUGGUCAUACACUUUUACCAUACAAGGUAAAAGUAGGGUUUUGUGUUCAGACUUUUAUGCUGGUGUAGUUAAAUGUUUGUGCCCUUUAUUUAUACCGCCUGAAGAAACAAAUUCAAAUAAUUACCAGUGAACACAUAAUUAGAGAUAAAUCUGUAUAGUUGUUAGAGUAAGGAUAAUGAAAAUGAGCAGGAAGUCCUGGAUGGUCAUAUCAUUGAGGGUAGGAGGGCUCCGCAGAUCCUGAUUGACUGGAGCAGCAAGCCAAGGCCAGCUGCGCAAGGUUCAGCAAGACCAAAGGCCAGGUCCUGUGCUUGGGUCACAACAACCCCAUGCAGCACUACAGGCUGGAGAAAGAGUGGCUUAAGGGCUGGUCAGCAGAAAAGAGACUUGGAGGUGCUGGUCAACAGCUAGCUGCAUGUAAGCCCGCAGUGUGUCCAAGUGGUCAAGAAGGCCAAUGGCACCUUGGCCCAUAUAGAAAAUAGUGUGUCCAGAAAGACCAGGGCAGGGAUUGUCCCCCUGUACUUGGCCCUGGUGAGGCCACACCUCAAGUCCUGUUCUCAGUUCUGGCCCCUUCACUACAAGAAAAACAUUGAGGUGCUGGAGUGAAUCCAGAGAUGGGCAGCAGAGCUGGGAAGGGUCUGGAGCACAGGUCCUGUGAGGAGCAGCUGAGGGAUUGAGUGGUGUGUAGUCUGAAGAGAAGGUUGGUCAGAGAAGACCUUAUUGUUCUACAGCCACUUGAAAGGAGGCUGUAGCAAAAUGGGGGUCAGCCUCUUCUGCCUUGUUUCAGGUGUUAGGAUGAGAGGAAAUGGCCUUGCCUCAAAGAAGGUUUGAAGUAGGUAUUGUAAAACAAAUUUCACUGGGAGUGGUUAGCCAUUGGACUAAGUUGCCCAGGAAGAUAGUGGAAUCACCACCUCUGGAAUCAUUCAAGAGUCAUCUGGAUGUGGCACUUGGGGAUACAGUUUAGGGGUGAUUAUGGUUGUGUUAACUUGAUGAUGGUACUAGAUGACCUUGAAGGUCCCCUCCAACCUCCAUGAUUCUGUAAUCAACAACAUAUGGUGUUAGUUCAGUGUAAUGGAGUGUGGGAGCUGUUCAGAUCUCUUCUGCUUGUUUAAUUACUCAUCUGCUGCAGCUGAGUUUGCAUCUUCAAAAUUUUUAUUUUUAUUUUUUUUAAAUAAAAAGAGCAAAUUGGAAAAUUUUCCACACAAUCUGUAAAGUUGCCCUUUGGAUUCAAAUUUUUAAGUGAACUUUUCUGCCAUGUUGUCCUGAUUCAGAAAAGCAUCUCAGCACACACUUAAAAUCUGUUUCCUGAGGGACACUCAUAUUUUAAGCUUGUGCUUAAGUUCUCUGGCUGAAUAAAACUGCUUUCCUGAACUGGUGCCUUAAUGGUUAUGCCUCCUAAUGGAAUUAUAGUUCUUAUGUAUACAUGGGUAAUAGUUGUGAGCAGUUUGUAUUUAGGAUGAUACAUCUUUUCAUAAACGUGAUUUUUUUGGGUUUUUUUUUGUUUUGGUUUUUUUUUGGCGGGGGGGUUAUGGGGUUUUGUUUGUUUGUUUUGUUUUUGUUGGGGGUUUUUUUGUGUGUUUUAAAUAAACAAAUACAUACCAGAAGUUGCAGCUUUCUCUGGUAAGUAUCUUUUGUGAUACUAUUAUUAAUGUUUUCUUAGAGUUGAUCAUAAAAGACCAUACAUCUUUGUGGAUCUAGAGACAUGAAAACAUAGAGCAUACUUUUUUAAUCUGAGUGGAACCAAAACUAUCUUUUCAGCCUUACAGUGGUGAUACAUUUUUUUUUCUUUUGGGGAGAGAGGUACUCAGGCAAAGUAUAUUGGAGAAGUUUGACUGGAGGCUUGUAGAUGAGGCUGUGUUUGUAUAGCAGAAAGGAGUUGAUAGAUGUAGUAUUGCCUUUCCCUAGUGUAUUCUACAGUGAGGUGUGAGCUGCUUGCAGAGAUUUUCAUCUACUUCACAUUGCCUUAGAGCAGAGGUGGAGGCAGAGAAGGAAAAUUAGUAGUCAAAUACUACUUUUCUAAAAUUCAGUUGAUAAAGCCAAAAGAAUAGAUUAAUUGUUGGAGACGGAAUGAAGAGAAAGUAACUGUUUCAGAAGUUGUCAUAUCUUGACAUUAAAUACCAUUGGGCAGGGGAGGUGGGUUCUCAAAGCAUCAAAUUCUAAAGUAACAUGGCAUUUAAACCCACUUCCCACCAAUCAAAACAAAACUCUCAACCCCAGAAUACCCCUAGUAUUGUGUGGUACUUGUAAACAAAUGAAGUAUUCCUAUUUGAGCACACAGUUGCUAAGACAAAGUCAAAUGUGUGAUAUUAGAUGAUGGCAAUCUGAAACUCUUCAAAGUGGGCUGUAUCUAAACAUUACUUUUUAUUAUGAAGUCAUAUGUUUUCACUAUAUUGUCUGCAGGAAUCUUUAAUUUUGCAAUUAUUGGGUGUAUGUUGAUACAAUUGUCAUGUAUGCAUCCUUUACACUUAAGUGGUUUCUUCCACCUUCCACAUACGCACAGUUUUGUUUCUCACUUAAUGUGUUAGCCACAUACACUUGUGAAUGGAUGUAAUUAUGCUGUUUUUCAUUGCAUUGGUUAUGAAGUCCACUGUACGAAAAUAAGAGGAAUGUUUUUAUGCAAAUAUUCCACUGCUCUGCAUACAAUUCUUGAGGGAGGGAGGGAGGAAGAAGGGGGAGGAAACUUGUUCUGACAAGUGAAGACUUGUUUCUAUUUCAUGGACUGUGUGAUGGAAACCACAGUUAUCUGCUGCUAAAAACUGAACUGCAAGGAACAUAAUAAUUUUAAAUUGCCAAAUGGUGUGUUGUGAUACUGUUGCAUUUAUUUUAUUUAAUACCAUUAUAUGUUUUCCCAUAACAGUUUUCCAUUUGUGUAUGGAAGUUUCCCAAAUAUUUGUCUUGUAGAUAUAAAUUUCUAGUUUGGGAAGAAGUAGAGUUCUUUUCACAGGUUUGUAAGAAAGCCUUGGUUUAAAUAUGCUCAUUAAAGGAAUUUUCUGUUUUAUAAGAGGAAAUUUAAGAUAAAAAAGAAAAAUAAAUAAACAGAAGAAAAAUAAAAACAAAGUUCUUGGGGAGGGGUCAGGAGUUGAACAGCUGUAGCAGUAGAGUUCCUUGUAAGGAAGCAUAAAACCUUGAGUGUGCACACGUGUGUGGUUUUAAUUAGUGGAAAUACUUAAGGCUUCCUAGUAACCCAAGUUUACAUUCCCAGAAUUUGUUUCUGAACUGUGAAAUGCAGAGAGAUAAGCUGUGCUUUCUUCUGGAGAAACAUUAACUGAUUUAGCUGCCCUCAUGUCCAUUUCUCAGGUAAAAUUAGAAAUAGAGCACAAAUGCAUUUGGUAGGCUACGGACAAUCUGUCAGCUGAAGGACAGAAGGAUUAACUAUUUAUACAAAAUAUGCAUAUCAGCAUCUCUAAGCUAAUAAUUGGGUCAUGUCGAAUGUUCACAGGGAAGAAUGCAAGGCAGAACUGAGAGUCCAAGGUAUGGUCUUUUCUGUUAGCAAAAAGAUGCAGACGUACCUCCAUUUGUAUUUCAUCAAUUCUUGAAAAAGACAUUUUUAUUUUUGUUAAUGACAGAUUUUGAUAGGGGCACUUCUGCCAAAUAUAAAAUCAGUGCCUCUUGCAUGUAGUGGGAUCAGCCUGAUGUAUCCCAUUUGGUAUAAUUUGCAAUGCCAUCCUGCUUGUAUAAUUUAGAGUAGAACCCCACGGAAGCGUAAAUAGAGAUAGCAUAUUGAAGUUCUAAAUAACACUUAUGUUUUGAAUUCAGAAACAGUCACUGAUUAUGAGAUGCAAGCUUUUUAUUUGAUUUUUCUUUAAUAUAUAGUUAAGGCAAAACUGUCUUAUAAGGUAUUAAGUUUUGUAGACAAUGCAUAAAUGUUAUUGUAUAUGUGCUAAUUGUGGCAAAGUUUUACAUUAUCAUUCUAGUUGGUUUUUACAAUAAAGUUAAUUUUACAAAAAACACUUUUCUAUUUUUAUGUACUGACAUAUGCAAUAAAUUGAUACGUUAAAAGUGCUGUUAA